AUGCAGUACGAGGAUUCGAAGGGUGAUUUGUGGGUCGAAGAGCAGGAUGACGAUGGCGACGUCUACUUCGUUAACGCGGAUACGAUGGAAAGUUCGUGGGAUCUCGGGACGGACGAGCGGCUGGCAUCGGGAAUCUACCAUCCGUCAGGCGGAGACGACGAUGCAUUGAUCGGACCUUACAGCAGCAGCCAAACUCUGGAGGCGGAAUCUUCAAUUUCUUCUAGCUGGCGAGACGAGGUACUGGUGGGUUUUCAAGUGCCGCAGGAGGUGUCUGAGGCUGUCGGCAGAGCGGGGUCGGCCCACAUUUGGCCUAGAACGGUUGACGGGCGGCCUUCACGCCUGGAGCGCUGGGACGUCCUGAAGGCGUCGGAUCCUUACCGCGAACACUUCAGCACCGGAGAGGCGUGGCGCUUGGAACACCCCGAGUUCGAGCCCAAGCUCUGCUUCUACGCCUUCGACACCGCGGUGGAACACGUGGAGAGGUACUGGGUGGAAGAAGCCGAGGCCCCCUUCCGUUGCCGGCUGCAGAGGGAUGGGCUCAAGUUCUCCCGUGACAUCGCAACGUGGGAAGCUCGAGCCCCUGCAAAGAAAAAUGACAACGACAAGGGCAACAGCGGAGUAGGUAGCCCGGGGGGAGACCUGGACGGGGACGAACACUGGGGCGGCGAAGGCGUUGGAGGCGACGGAAGAGGUGGCGGCGUGGGCGGCGACGGCGGGGGCGGCAACGGCGGGGGCGAUGGCGCCGGCUUCUUUGCGUUCCCUCUUGUGGUGCACAACUCUCACGCUCAUCACGUGGACUGGACGUCGGGCCCCGACCGCUACCAGAUCACGCAAGACUCCGAGCCGGAAUGGGGGUGGACCCGGCUGUUCACCUUCUUCGCCUACGCGGCCUCCAAGUACCACGUGCUGGAGACCACGCAGGCUCCGCUUGCGCAGAAGAUUGUGAAGGGAAACUUUCUGACUCCGGAACCGGGCUGGAAGUGCGUGCUGGCCUUCUUCGCAUUCAAUGACAUGGUUCCCGGGAGCAACAGGUACUACAUCGAGGAGAAGGACGAGCCUCACUUGCGGACUCGCAUCGGCAUGGAAGCAUCCUGCCGGUGGGACGCCAGGCAUAGCUUUGCCGCAUUCGACGUGCCCGUGCCGGGCUCCUGCGCACUCGACGUCCACUACACCAUCCGCAGCACGGACAGCCUCAACCCUUACCCCGAACAGUGCCGGAUAUCUCUGAAGGACCCGUGGGGUUCGUGGGAGCAGAAGUUCAGGUUCUAUGCCUUCCCCGCGGAGCAAGUCUUGCUCUCCCCCGAGCUAGACUCGGACACGCAAGACGUUCUCAGCGGAUCGCAGUCAAGAUCUGCGGGAGACGAAUCGGGCCCUCACGGCUGA